AUGAGAGGAAGUGACCUAUACAUGUACACAGCGGGAGAACCUCUGGAAAUGACAACGCCCAAACGCUCAAUUCAAAAUGGUCAGAUCAUAGGCUGGGAGCGGCAGUGUAAAUCUGGCCCAGUUCGGCGUGAGGACACCAAGUCCCACACACACAGCGUCCACGGACGUGUUAGCCCUGCCUGUAGCAUUGCUGGCUUCUUCCAGACGGAAGGCAUGUCUGAGGAGAUGCGAUUUAAGUUAAAGAUGAGAAGAAUGGAGCUUGAGGCCGAGAGGGAGAGAGAAUUAAGAAGGCUCCAGUUGGAAGCUGAAGCUGAGGAAAGGAGAUUGAAGACUGAGGAGGCUAGAGAAGUCAGGAGGCUUGAAGCCGAGGAGAAGGAGAAGGCAAGGAUGUAUAAAAAGGAAAUGAAGUUCCUUGAAAAUGAAAGAGAAAAGGAAGAAGUUGAGAAGAAAAGGAUGUUUGAGUUGGAGAAGACUCGGACUGAAGUCAUUUCACCUCAUGCUCAAGGAGAGGAGGAGUUAAAGUAG